AUGAAGAAUUUAUUGCUAAUAAUAUGCUUAUUAACCACGGCAAUUCCUAUAGCCUUGGCGUUACCACAAAAUCCACCGCCAGCACCAGCACCAGCACCAGACGCCCCAAUAGGAAAAUUUGAGAUCAUUGGAGAAUCUGGCAUUAAUACUAUGCACACGGUGGUUGUCAGCCCUUAUUAUUUAGUUUUCAUUGAUAAAGUGGAACAAAAUCCAUUAAAAAAAGCAGAUGGAACUUCCGCUAUUUUUGCACAAUUUAACUGGAAGACACUAGAAGUUACCGCACUUGAAACUGUUACUGACACAUUUUGCUCUGCCGGUUCAUUCCUUGCUAACGGAUCAAUGAUAUCAGGUGGUGGUGGAGAACCUGGUGUUCCUUAUGUAGAGGGUGGUAACACCAUUAGAACCUACGAACCAGAUUAUGGUACGGUUUAUGAAAAUAUCGGUGCGAUGAGUUCUCUUCGAUGGUAUCCAGCUAUGCUCACAAUGUCAGAUGGAAGAGUAUUGAUAAUGGGCGGUUCAAACAAAGCAACAGGCGUCAAUAGAGCUGAGAUUAAUGUACCAACUUAUGAAUUUUAUCCAACUGCUGAUGGUUCAAAGGCAGUUCCAGUUCCAUUCCAAUUUUUGACUGACACAUUGAUAUAUAAUCUCUACCCAAUGAUGCAUAUAGUACCUAAUGCAGAAGGCAAAAAUAUUAUUUUCAUAUUUGCCAACAAAAAAAGCAUAAUUUACGAUUUGGAUAACGCUGUUCUUGUAAAAGCUUUACCUGACAUUACCGGCGUUUCUCCUCGUAUAUAUCCAUUGACUGCUACAUCUGUCAUGUUGCCAUUGAAAGUAGCUACACUUUUCGCACCAGAAAUUAUGAUUUGUGGUGGUGGAACUGAUCUGAAGCCAAAUGCUCCUACCGAAGCAUCGUGCGGUAGAAUAAAAUUGAAUGACGAAGCACCAGCAUGGGCAAUGGAUGAUUUUGGUGGCAUAGGAAGAGUUAUGCCUGAUGCUGUAAUUUUACCCAGUAGUGAUAUAUUAUAUAUUAAUGGAGCCAAUGUAGGAUAUGCUGGAUAUCAUAAGGGUCCAAAAAAUAAUCCAAUCUAUAUCCAUGACAAUCCUGUUCUCACCCCAGUACUUUACAAUGUCGACGCAAAAACAUACAGAACACUUGCAGCAUCGACAAUUCCUAGAAUGUAUCACUCAACUGCAACUAUGAUACCAAAUGGUCAGGUGUUGGUUAGUGGUAGCAAUCCACAAGGAGCUCAAACCCUUGGAACUAAAUACCCCACAGAAUAUCGUAUUGAAUUAUUCACACCACCAGAACUUCAAACACAGAAACCAAGACCCACAAUAGUAAACAUUGGUGGUAAUCCAAUUAACACCGUAACACAUUUGGUUUAUUACAAACAAGUCGUGGAUGUUACAAUAACUUUAACUACAACCGCUUUCGAUAAAACAUUACUCAAGGGUGCCUUGAUGAAUUUCGGCUUUGUCACUCAUUCACAACACAUGUCACAAAGAUAUGUCGAAGUUGUAAUAUCUAGCGUUACACCACCAGCUGAUGCAACUUCUACUACAUAUGCCCUUACAGUAGACAUGCCUUCAGAUGGAACAAUUUUACCUCCUGGUCCAAAUUGGCUCACUAUACUUUAUGAUGGAGGAUAA